GCCCCGCCCCCGAGGCCGCGUGGCUGUGCGUCCCGGCUGUUGCGGAUAAAGUUGUUUGAGGCGAGCCGGCCGCGGUCACGUGAGCGGAAGAUGGCGGCCCCGGCGGGCGGCGGGGGCUCCGCGGUGUCGGUGCUGGCCCCAAACGGGCGGCGCCACACGGUGAAGGUGACACCGAGCACCGUACUGCUGCAGGUACUGGAGGACACAUGCCGGCGGCAAGACUUCGACCCCAGUGAAUACGAUCUGAAGUUUCAGAGGACCGUGCUUGACCUCUCUCUCCAGUGGAGAUUUGCCAACCUGCCUAACAAUGCCAAACUGGAGAUGGUGCCUGUGUCCCGGAGCCGUGAGGGGCCUGAGAACAUGAUUCGAAUUGCAUUACAGCUGGAUGAUGGCUCCAGGUUGCAGGACACUUUUUGUUCCCGCCAGACCCUUUGGGAGCUUCUCAGCCAUUUUGUACAGACCAGGGAGCGAUUGCAGCAGCUGGGGGAGAGGACCCCUGUCUGUGUGUACAUGAGGGAUGAGGUGACUGGUAGAGCUGCCUUGCAGAGCACGACACUUCAGUCACUGGGCCUAACAGGCGGUAGUGCCACCAUCAGGUUUGUCAUAAAGCAGUAUGACACCAUGGGCAAACAGGAGCCCAUUGCAGUCAGGAGCAAGGCCCCAGGAAGUCCAACCUCCUCCAUGUCAGCUGACCAGGCAUCCAGCAGCCCCUUGCUUCCUUUGAACUCUGGGGAGUUCAGCAGAGGAGACCUGAACCAUCAGGGUGAUGCAAGCACCUCAGGGACCAGCCUUGGGAGUGUCCCAAAGCCAGCAGAUGCUCAGGCAAAGCAAAGCACAAAGGAGUCUGCAUCUGCCCCGUUUGUUCCCUUCUCUGGUGGGGGGCAACGGCUGGGGGGCUCUUCUGCGUCCUUUAGACCUCUGACAUCACCUUCAGCCAAGUCACCCAAGUCUUUCUCUGGUCCUGGGGGCCCUUCUAAGCCUAAGAAGUCAAAGCCUGGUGAGGAGCCUCAGCAGGAGCCUGAACCGCCCAUUGACCGAGAUCCUGUAGUGUGCCACCCUGAUCUGGAAGACUUGCUGCAGUCCUGGCCAGCAGAGGUACCUGACGAGUUCUUUGAAGUGACUGUGGAUGAUGUGAGGAGACGCCUAGCCCAGCUCAAGAGUGAGCGGAAACGCCUAGAAGAAGCUCCCUUAGUGACCAAGGCCUUCAGGGAGGCUCAGAUGAAAGAAAAGCUGGAACGCUACCCAAAGGUAGCACUGAGAGUCCUGUUCCCUGACCGUUACAUCCUGCAGGGCUUCUUCCGCCCUAGUGAGACUGUGGGGGACCUGCGAGACUUUGUUAGGAGCCACCUGGGAAAUCCUGAGCUCUCCUUUUACCUGUUCAUCGCUCCUCCCAAAAUGGUCCUGGACGACCACACGCUGACUCUCUUUCAGGCAAACCUUUUCCCUGCUGCCCUUGUGCACUUUGGAGCUGAAGAACCAGCAGGUCUCUACCUGGAACCUGGACUUCUAGAACACACCGUCUCCCCAUCGGCGGCUGAUGUGCUGGUGGCCAGGUGUAUGUCCCGGGCCACUGGGUCCCCACCUCUGCUGCCAGCCCCUGACCCUGUGUCCUUGGAGUCUGAGCCAAUCACUGAGGAGGGGGCACUGGGGCCCCCAGAGCCCGUUCAAGGGACAAUCCAGCCUGUGAGGAGAAGCCUGGGCAAAGUGCCCAAGUGGCUGAAGCUGCCAGCCAGCAAGAGGUGAGAGCUACCAGCCUGGAGAUGCUCGACACCAGCCACAGGAUCCCACCCCCACCCACCCCGAGCAGGAAUAAAGACUCGCGCUUCUCUCAA